UUCGGGUACGGAUCCAGCCCAUAAUAGUUGUCGGAGAAAGAAGUUCAAGAUGGCGCUUCGUUUUGCUAGUCGUUUAGUCWCAAGAAGAGGCUUUAAUACCUCUGCUGCAAGACGUUCUUUGCAGCAAGAAAUGAUGGCUGAAGAGAAGCAUGCUGAAGGUACUAUGAAGACAUGGAAAGGUAUUUCAGCUCUUGUGGCUGUUCCAGCGCUAAUGUUGUGUACUUACAAUGCAUACACUAAAGAGAAAGAGCAUCAUGAGCAYGCAAGRCCAGAAUUUYUACCCUACAGUCAUCUUAGAAUCAGAAACAAGGCUUUUCCAUGGAAAGAUGGAAACCGUUCCUUAUUUCAUAAUGAUCAUGCCAAUGCUCUACCAGAAGGCUAUGCCGAUGAGGAUGAACAUUGAUUUAUUGCACAUAUUUUGUGUAAUAUUUGUUUCAUAAUUGAUAUAUUGUUGUUUUAAAACUCUCGAUAAAGGAAUGUAAUAGUGUUUUCAUUGUUACUAUUCAUAUUUUSUUCAAUGUGUAAUAAAGGUAUGUUCAAUAAAUUGCAAUUUGUUUA